UCAUGCUAAACCGGAAGAUGCCAACGUUUCACGUUUCAGAAAUGGCAGCUGGAACAGAAAGCAUGACAGGAGAAAAUGUUGAUGAAUUAGGUACCCAAGAAGUACCUGUUAGUCAAAAAUUAACAUUUGAAGUGUUGCAGAUUGUGAAAGAAGCUCAGCAACAGCAUGGAUUGAGACAUGGAGAUUUUCAAAGAUAUAGGGGUUAUUGUUCUAGAAGGAUAAGACGUCUAAGGAAAUCUCUACAUUUUCCACAAGGCAAUAAUAGGAAAGUAACACCAAAGAAAAUAGACAUGGAAACUAUCACUGAUGUCAGAUUUCUACACUUGCCCCUAUUCUGUGCAGAAAGAGCAUGGUAUUAUGCUAUGCAGUUGAAGUCAGAAGCUAACACAGAACAGAGAAAGAAGUUUCACACGUUGGCAAAGAUAAAGAAAGCUGUAACAUACGCUGAAGAGUUAGCAGAAUUAUGUAAAAGUCCAAAGUGUGAUGCCCAGACACAGCUGGAAAGUCAGGCUUAUUUAUCAUGGAUACAAGCUGGAAUGUACUUUGAACAAGAGGUGUGGGACAAGGCAAUGAAAUUAUAUACACAGGCAAAAACAAUAUAUGAGAAAUUAGCCAGUGCAUUCACAGAGGAUAGCCAAGCCUUAUAUCUACAGAUGGUAGAUGAAGUCUCACCAAACAUUAGAUACUGUGCCUACAACAUAGGUGACGAGUCGGCCAUUGCUGAACUAAAGGAAAUGAGACGCAAAGGGGGAGAGGAUCAGCUGACAUCACAUUUAGAUGACUUGCUUUCACAAACAAGAGAAAAGCAGACAGCAACUUUAUCAGAGGUGACAUGGUUAGGCCGUUCUGUUCCUGUAAAGAGCGAGUCUGUAAGAGUUUUCCUAAUCAAUGUACAGGAAAGUACAAAGGAAAUAGAAUCAACAGAUGGAAUAGAUAGCAAGAUUUCUAUUUAUGAAAGUUUAUUGAAGCAGUGUAUAGAUGCUCAACAAAUUCUGAGGGACUCUUUACAUGAUGAUGUUAAUUUUAAAGCAUCUCAACGAGGACAAGCCAUUGAAGGCAAAAUAUCAAACCAGCACUACCUGCACAGUUAUCUAAUGUAUAUACGACUGACAAAAACUGUAGAUAGAAAUUUAUUAUUAAUAGAAAAACUAAAGCAAUAUUUACCUGGUAAACCAAUACCUGAUGGUCAUAAAAUUACUAAACCACAAGAUCUAGUUAGAUUGUACGAUAUUAUUAUUCAGAAUUUAAAUGAGAUACCUAAUUUACAAGGUGUAGAGACAGAUUUGAGUGAAGAAACAGCAGUGAAAAGUACUUCUUAUAAAGCAUUUAGGUCCUAUUACAUUGCACAGUCUUUCCUAGCAGCAAAGAAAUGGACAGAAACAAUAGCAUUAUAUGAGAGAGUUUUAGGUUAUGCUUCUCAAGCAUUAAAAGGUUGUAAAAAACUGAAAAAUCUCUCUAAACAGGAAAUAUGUAGUAUAGAAGAAUUAGUAAACAGAGUGAAUGGUGAAAAAUAUUCUUGUCAUGCUAACAGCAUUCUGGAUUUAGAAACUGUUGCUGAACCGGUAGCAGAUAUUAGUCUCAUUAAGAAAAAACCACUGAUAGAACGGUUUGAUGAUUAUAUUGAAGAUAAAAGUGUCACAACAAAGAAACCAAAUCUUGUCAGUUUCCCACCAGACUUCGAACCUAUACCAUGUCGACCAUUAUUCUUUGAUUUAGCACUGAAUCAUGUAGAAUUCCCUUCAAUAGAAGGCAAAAUGGAACAGAAGAAAUCAGGAGGAAUUACUGGAAUGGUUAAAGGAUGGUUAUGGGGAGGUGGUAAAAAAUAAUGAUUUGUGUACCCAGGGAAGUAACUCUGUUCGAUUUAUAAAAUUCCUGGUAAAGAACCUGGAAAUGUUGGACAAUGUUUGUAAAGAUAACAAUGCAAAGAAUAAUAAUAUAAGUAUUGGUGCAAUGAAUGUAAAGAUUAUUAUUAUAGUGCAAGAUUAUGGUAUGUGGUGCAAAGCCUUCCAACAGUUAUUUCACAUUAUGUAAGAGAAUUGCUUCUUUCUUCUUCAGUAAUAAAUGUUUCUGAUAAUUUAAUUGAAGGAUUUUUACCCAAAUCAAUUAUUAAAUGAUUAAUCUCUUGCAUUUUGCCAAAUUUUACAAAACCAUGAUAAGAGAAAUUGAAACAAUUUAUAGUUCAAUAAAUAAAAAUGAUAAUUAUGUAUUUUUUAAGUUUUUUCUGAUAAUGAAAAAAAUAAAUCAAUGAAUGGAGGGCAAAAGAAACGUCUGGCUGAAAUUAGAACUAAUUUUAAUCAUAAGUUUAAUGCCAACAGCUGCAUUUUAAAGGUCAUACUUAACAGUUUAAGAAUAAAUUAUGAUAUUUGAAUAAAUGUUUGAAAACAUUUAAUAAAAAAAACUAUUGGUAUUGGCUAUUUCCUUUGUCUUAAAUAUAUAUCUGCAAAAAAAAAAAAAACGACUUGUCUCCCUUUGAUUGUGUCUGUAAACAUCAUGUGAGACACAGCAUCAGCUGAUUCCAAGUGAGAAACAUCACUUUGUGUUGUAAAAAGGUUGAAGACCAGAUUGGCAGAUUUCAUUUCUUGUACUAAUUCCCAAGGAUGAGGCCUAGAGAGAAGAAUGGUGAAAAAAUUAAAUUGAAGAAGUGAUGUUUUUUAAACCAAGCAUAUGCACAGAGAUUGCUUCAUUCAUAUCAUUAUCACUUCCUUUAGAGCUUGGGCUUUGGGCCUGUUGAGCUGUAUCUUAUGAUGUUGAAUAAACAAAAGAAAAAACUGUCACAGAUUUUAAAAUGCUUCAUUGAAGUUAUUACCAACAGACUAUAAUCUCCUUGUUUUAAUAUGCCGUAUAUCGUUUUUUUUUUUUCGUGUGUGGUUAAUUUUCGCUUUGUUCGCGGCACCUAAAGAAACGCAAAAAUUUGACCGCGCAUAAAUUUCCCUGCAUAUUCCAAGAUUUAUGGUUGUUUGAAAGACUGUUAAUUAUCGAGUCUUUUGUGUUGUUCGACAGAUCACAAGAAUAUGCAAACUUAAUUAAGAUCUCUGUUUUCAUAAUAAUUAAUUGGCUAACCAUACAUGUCACACCAUUUGACAACACAGCAAUCAGUGAUAUGUUAAAAAUGUUAAUUAGCAAAGUUCUAUUGAUUGGUGUCAUUACCCCAACAUUUUGCAUGUACCGGUAAUGUAAAAAUAAAAUAAAUCACAUUUACAAGGAUAUGUGUAUACCAGUAAUGAUCAAAACCUUCAACUUUUAUCAUACUCCAAUGUAAACAUUUUACGUUCCUUGAAAGUGUAUUUUCAUUUGUAGUACUCAUAUUUAUUUGAUAUAGAUUAACUGUUAAAUGAUUUAGUUUAUGUUGUUUACAACUUUAACAAUACUAUACAGUUAUUUUUUCACGUGUAUUUUCCCAUUCAGCGAAAAUUAUACACUGUGAAAAUUUAACCUGCCCAAUAUGUCAUCAAAUCGCAAAAAAAAAAACGAUAUACGGUAAGAGGAGUUUUUGAAAAAUUUUCAUCUUUCUUAUUAUUAAUAAAUUUCUGGGCAUUGAUGGUAAGAUAACAACUUUUUCUGAUCUGUUAGCAACAGAAAAUUAUUUGCAAUAUUGUUGAUGUGAACUGAAUUAAAUAGACCUUUUUAAAAUUAUUUAAAUAGUGAUGUUUUUCCAACAAAAUUUUUUAUUAAUAUUUAAACACUUUUUAGAUCUUCUUGUUAAUGUUCUGUUUGCAUUAUUUCCAGAAUUUUGAAGUUUUGACUUAAAUUUACAAAAAGAAUCUGAAAAGUACAUGUAUUAGUUAAUAUGUUACAGCAUAUUUACUUGAUCUUUGUACAUUUAAUGGUUAUACAAUCAAUCUUUUGUUACAUUGUAAUGGAUGUAUGAGAUAUAUGUAUGUAUAUACAUGUACACCAAAAGAAAAAAAAUAUUCAUUGCAAGUUUAGGCCAGAAUAGUUUUCAAUUUGAAGCUAUUUCUAUGUAAAAAUACUUUCAAGUUACAGAGACAAGUAAAUCAUAUUAUCUAGUUUUUUUAUACGACCGCAAAAAUUAAAAAUUUUUUGGUCGUAUAUUGGUAUGACGUUGGCGUCGUCGUUGUCGUCCGAAGACACAUUGGUUUUCGCACUCUAACUUUAGUUUAAGUGAAUGGAUCUCCGUGAAAUUUUACCAUAAGGUUCAAUACCACAAAAGGAAGGUUGGGAUUGAUUUUGGGGGUUAUGGUACCAACAGUUAAGGAAUUAGGGGCCAAAAAGGGGCCAAAAAUAAGCAUUUUUGUAACUUCCAGACAUAACUUGUGUGUUAGUGUAUGGAUCUCUCUGACAUUGUACCACAAGGUUCCAUAUCACAAAGGGAAUGCUGGGAUUGAUUUUGGGGGUAAUUGCCUCAAAAUUUUAGGAAUUAAGGGCCAAAAAAGGGGCAAAAAACAAGCAUUUUUCUAGUUUCAUGAUAAUAACUUGUGUGUAAGUGUAUGGAUCUUUCUGAAAUUGAACUACAAGGUUCCAUAUCACAAAGGGAAAGCUGGAAUUGAGUUUGGGGGUAAUUGCCCAAAACGUUUAGGAAUAAGGGGCCAAAAAGGG